CACGCAUCCAUUCCUUGCAUGAAACUCUCUCUGAACAGGGUUGAUAAGUUCUCGUAUCUGCCUGUCCAAUGUUAGCUUAGCUAGUACCCGGGCACUAGUGGGCAUUUGCAUUGGGCGUCGACCAUCUCAUCUGUCCACUGGAGGAGGAGGAGGAGGCGGAUCGAUGGCUAGUUGCAGGGAGAGUUGCUCGAUCCAAAACUCUUGAUGAUGAUGGUGGUGGUGGUGAUGAUGAUGAUUUUGCUUCAUGUUCGAUCACUGUUGGGAGUGGGAGUUGGAGUGGGAGGGGCAAUCAAAUCAUGAACAUCAGAGGAGAGUGUGGAUGGUGUCAGGGAUGGCCAACAUGCCAGGUACGACGAGAUCACGGAUGUCCAAAAACGAUCAGCAAUGUAGCCUGAAUUCAACUCAACAGCCAACUUCACAUACUAGUGUCGUAACCAAGAUGGCUGCUGUAGAAAAAUCUUGCAGAUCUGCCAGCAACACGAGGCCAGUUACGGCAGGUAACCUCCACUCGCCCCCCUCCCAAAACCUCAGUGCUGCCCUUCUCUCCCACAGAUGCAGCGAAUUCUUCUCCAUUCUGAAAACCCAUGACGUGAAAGCCACAUCGUUGGGUUUUGUUUCAUCCAUGACCAGAUUUCUAGGGCCAUGUAAACUCGAGUUGAAGUUAAAAAGAGCACUGGAUUUCACCUCCGUCAGUUUUGCACUCGUGCGCGUCCAGCAGAGCUGCAGACGAGCUAAACCUGGAUUGGGGCCAAGCGUAAUUCUCGUGGCAUGCCGCCCCAGAUCUGCAGGACUGACUGACUGCGAGCCAGUUAGUUCGGAAAGCAACAGACGGGCGAUGGAGGGUGCGACUGGGGACGGCAUCGAGCGAGAGUCCUUUUUUAAGCGUCCGUGGUUGCGAGCGUUUGUCGUGCACCUCGGCUCACGAAAGGCGACUGAAGCUUCACGCAACGAGAGCACAGGCUCAAGUCUGCCAAGAGUGUGCCUCCAGCAACGACUCCAUUACCUCGAGCCCAAUCCCAACGAACGAUCGGACUGAGGGCACGGGGGCAUGCCUCAUUCCCAUUCUCCAUACGAGGCAUGCCUGUAUGGACGGAUGAACAACUUCAAACGUAUUAAAACAGUGGGAUUUCAAACUUCAUAACUCACAACUCUGACAUUCAUCACUGAUUCCUAAAGGUUCACUUGGCAACACCUACACGAGUGGUUGUAUGGUCCGAAUCCUAUCCCACAAGAUCCAAACAAAACUUUUGAGAAAUUUGGUUGGGUAGAGUCAUAGUUGCUCGAGGAUGAGAUUUUUUUCAAUGUAUCAAGAUUGCAGAGCUGGAAUUCAUAUGUUUUAGUGCAAAUGUUAGAGUGAAUA